AUGAACCACUUAAAAGAUAAAAAGCCUAGUAGGCCUGAUAUUCAGGAGAUAUUAUCUAGAAUGAAAAAUCGAUUUAGCAAUGUGGGAGAUUCAGAUAACGAUGACAUGGCAAACGAAGAAAAUAUGGUUACAACAAGUGUGGUGGACACUACUAUAAAAGAAGAAUUUUCCAUAGCAAAAAGCCCCGACGAUGAGAUUGCAGAACUUAUGCUCAAGUUGAACGGACAAGUAGAUGAAGAAUUAGUGGCUAGUAUUAGAUCUAGAAAGAAAAUGUAUGAAAACCAGCCUGAAGUCGAUAGUACGUCAACCACGAAUAAUUCUAAUGAAAUCGAGCAGGAAAAACCUAGAAUCAUCUUGACAUUGAGACCUAAUGAAAAUAAACCUGAUUCUUAUGUGAGUUCUAGCAAUCUUACGGAUUACAGUUCCAAUAGCCCGAAAAGAAAAAAACAAAUCAAUGAUGUCAGCACUGAAGUUAUACCUCUCAAAAGGUCUUCAAGAAGAUCUAACAACAGUAAUGAAUCAGUGUUGAAAUCUGCUAUUGCUCGAAAAGAAAGAACGUUCAGUAUUGAUUUGAAUUCAAAGAAAAAAUUACCUAAAAAAAUAAAAAUAGAACAAGAAGAAGUUGCUACUAAAGUUAAUGUUAUUCCCGUCAGUACACAACCCCCUAUUGAGAUUGAAAAUGAGGAUAUCAAAGAUGCACCAAUCAAAGAGGAAAUAGACGAAGAAAUUAUUACAGACCAUAAAAAGAAGAAAAAGAAGUUCUUCAGAGGUGGAAGAUAUAAUAUUUUUAAAAAAAAAACUGUACCAAAAGAACGUCAAAAAGUUAAGAAAGCUAUUUGUAAUCAAUUGAACUCUGAUCUUGUAAAUUAUGACGUAGACUCGUCAGAAACUAAUUCAGAAAGACAUUCCAUCUCAGUUUGUAGUGAUAUAGGCACACUAAUGUCUAGUGAAAGAAAUGAUCAGAGCGAUAUGGACAUCAGUAUCUCAACCGUUGAUACAGAAGAUAAAACAAAUGACAGUAAUCUUGAAAUACAAGAAGUUAAUUUAUGUUUGUGUCAAGAACAUAUUCGAGUAGUUAUGGUUGAUGAAGGAAAAAUAUCUUGUAAAGCUCAUGAUUGCAUAGAUGGAAAAGUUUAUGCAUGCAAGAAUUUAGCUUCUCACUUAGAUGAAUAUGGCAACAUGCCCAUGUUAAGAGCAAAUGUCGUUCUACCUUAUGUGACAUACUGUCAACAUCAUAUGAGGCGGUUCUUUUUACACCACAGUUGCCCACGUUGUGGACGGUUUUGCUCAGAGGGCAUAUUUAUGAUGUGUAAAAAUAAACAUUUUUUCCACAUUGGUUGCCAUCAAAAUGAUAGGGGAUGUCUACACUGUGGUGACCCCGAUGUUUAUGAUUUUGAACUGAAAAGAAUUGUAGUUAAUUGUAAGAAACAAAUCCAGCCUAAUGAAGAGUUUACACAACAUAUUACUGUGGAAGUGGACAAUAUAAAAUUAAGUACACUCGAUUGUCCACCAGAAAUUGAUAUACAUGAAUUUUCUAAAUAUUUGCAACAACUUAAGGAUGAAAUUGUUGAUACCAAACGCAUUAAGUACUCAGUUCAAGGACUCUAUGAAGCUUGUGAAUCAAAUAACAUCAAAAAAGUUUUAUCAAUUUUAGGGGCAAAAUGCAAUCUUAUGUACCAAUUUCCUAGUAACCACAAUCGAACGGCAUUGCAUAUUGCAUGUAGUCAAGGAAACCUAAUGAUUGUAUAUAUAUUACUAAAAGCGGGUGUUGAUCCAAACGUGGUUGAUAACAAAAUGAAAUCUCCCGUGAGAAUGGCUGCUAAAAGUGGUCACAGCGAUGUUGUUCAAUAUCUUAUAAACUUUAAUGGUAGCCCUGAAAUCAAAGAUAUACAGGGUAUGACCGCACUUCAUUUGGCUGCUAAGAAUGGAAAGUUAGAAUGUUGUAAAAUUAUACUUAAUAAACAACCUUCUAUGGUAAAUUGGAAGGAUAAUGGAGGAUGGACACCUCUUGUGUGGGCUUGUGAAAAUAGUCAUAUUGAUGUUGUGAAGUUUUUUAUCACAUAUAAACCAAAUACAAGGAUAUCAGAUAAUGAAAAUAAUGUCGCAUUACAUUGGGCAGCAAUUUCUGGAUGUCUUGAAGUUGUUAAAACUUUGGUGGAAUAUGAUUCCGAAGUAAACAUGUUCAAUGAAGCUGGUGAAACAGCGCUACAUAUUGCUGCUCGUAAAAAUGCUAUAGAUAUAGUAACUUUUCUAUUAGAUAAUGGAGCUAUGGCUGGGCAUAAAAACAAAGCGAAAAAAAGACCAAUAGAAAUCUGUCUUCCAAAUUCAGAAUGCUAUAAUAUAUUAAAACAUGUUUCGCCAGAACAACGUAAACCAGUUACUGUCAUACCACCUUUAACUACUGUUAAGUUAGAAUUGACUGAACCAGAACUUCAGGAGCCUCAAACACCUGUUUUUAUUAAGACUACUCCAGUUCUUAUGUCUGAAGAUAUAAGUCAUGGCUGUGAAGAUACUCCAAUCAGAUGUGUGAAUGAAAUUGAUGAUGAAGUACCUGUUGAAUUUACGUACAUCAAAGAAAACUGUUACGAUGUAGGAAAUUAUGUUGAUUCCGCCAUGUCGCAUAUAGCUAGCUGUAGCUGUGAUGGUGCAUGCAACACAAGUGAUUGUAAAUGUGUACAAGCUAACGGUGACUGUUUAUACGAUGAAAAUGGAUGUUUGAGUUCAGAUUUUGAUUAUUUCAAUCCAAGUGUUAUAUUAUAUGAGUGCAAUUGGCGCUGUAGAUGUCAUAAACAACGGUGUGCAAAUAGAGUUAUACAAAAAGGUAUAAAAGUAGGAUUGGAACUGUUCAAGCAUAAAGAUAUGGGUUGGGGCGUAAGAGCACUGCAACCAAUAUCUCGAGGGACAUUUGUUUGCGAGUAUGUUGGUGAAAUAAUUACAGAUCAAAAAGCAAACGAUUUAAAAGAAGAUUCUUAUUUGUUUAAUCUGGAGAAUCCCGGAGCUGCUGAAUUAUAUUGUAUUGAUGCCUAUAACUAUAGCAAUGUGUCACGUUUUAUUAACCAUUCGUGUGAUCCAAAUCUAAUGUCCGUUCGAUCAUUUAUCAACCACCACGAUAAAAGGUUUCCUAGAAUAGCAUUUUUUGCUGUCCAAGACAUAAAAGAGAAUGAACAACUAAGUUAUGACUAUGGUAAAACUUUCUGGAAAGUGAAGGGUGGCUUGUUCACAUGUAAAUGUGACAAACCUAACUGUAGUUUUUCUGAUGAAACCAUCAAAAGCCUUAGUAUAGAUGAUUCAGAUAAUGAAGAGACAGAGCUGGAUGGAAAUUCUGAACAAAGUAAAACAGAAAAAAUUAAACUGCCGAAUGAUAAAAUGUUCAUUCAAGAAGUGCCUGAGACCAGUAAAACAGUUCGUAACUCAUUGCGACAAAGAAAUAGAUUAUCUGUAACUAAAAAUUCACUACAACAAAAAACUGACCGCUCAAGUCCGUCCAGUAGUGAAUGUUCGUCAGUGACUAUAUGCAGUCUUCAAAAAAACAAUUCCAAGGAAGCCAAUAUGAUGUCCAUACCUAAAAAUGAACUACUAGGGAAAACUAAAACUAUUACUUUAAAUAGCAUUGUGAAAAACAAAGAACCUCCCAUAAGUGAAUCGAAGCAGUUGCUAAAGGUAAUUGAUAAACGAUCAUCAAAAAAUAUUGUUUCAAAAGUAGUACAAAACAAAUGUAACCAAGUUGUAUUAAAAAAAGGUUUGGGUGACAAAUUGUCAAAUGGAAACUCAAGACCAUCAAUUGGUAAAAAAUUAUUAUUGACUGGGAAUAAAUCAUCAGUAGAAACUACUGAAAAACAAAAACUUUGCAAUGGUAGUAAAGUGUCCCCAGGAUCAAUAAAAUCGACCAAUAAUAAAGCUAUUAAAAAUGAUGUAUUAAGACAUAAAGCAUUGAAUCCUAAAAAAAAAUCUAUUAAAAAUAUUCCAUCUGAUGGUACAUCUCCAAAUAAUGGUUUCAAAUGUUUUAGUUUAAUUAACGAUCUUAGGGUUGGUAUCUCAUCUGAUAAUUCAAGUCGUAACCUUAAAACGCCUAGAGAUUCAAAGAAUAACAAUCAGUUAAUAAAUGUUAUUAAAACUGAAAGAAUUGGUGAAGAAUCUAAAACCAAACCAAACAUGGUUAAUGGACAACAUAAGCAUGUCAAGCGUCAAAGAACUUCUGUAUCGGAGGAAGUCAAAGUAGAAUCUAAUGAUGAAUUAUAUAUUAUAAACGGUUGUAAUGAUGAAAGGUUUCCCUAUACUGAUCAAGAAAGGUAG